UUCUUGUCACCAAGUUUAAUUCCUAUGCCCAGACGUCAUUCCCUACAUUUAAGUACAAGCAUUUGACAUCAGGCCCGGCUUAUUUUUGUCGCAUUACACUUGCACAGUUCCGUUCACGCAAUUCUCUGGGCGGGUGCCAUCUGGACUCCAAGUGUCGAACAACACGCCUACUCCACCGAGCGAACCACCGCCCCAGAAAACAUAAAUACCGAGAAAUCCUUGGAGGCUAUGGAAAUUGAAGGGAGAGACACAAAGAGAAGAAAAUGGAGGCAGUAAUAGUGGAAGAGGAGUUUACCUGGAGAGAAGUAAAUCUGCCAUCUGCAGUAACAGAGCCAGAGCUUGAAAGGGAUACUGGACUGAGAAGGAGAGACAUACCCAGAGACAUUCUCAUCGCAAUUGAUCAUGACCGUAACAGCAGGCAGGCAUUUGAAUGGGCCUUGAUCCAUCUCUGCAGGCCCACUGACACCAUCCACCUUGUCCAUGCCGUUUCUAGUGUUAGGAAUGAGGAGCUUUACCUGGCUACUCAGGCGCUCAUGGAGAAGCUUUCUUUUGAGGCUGCCCAAGCAGGCGUGGGUGCAACGGUGGCUCGGAUAGUGAAAGGGGAUGCAGGUAAAGUAAUUUGCUGGGAAGCAGAGAGGUUACUGCCUGCAGCUGUUGUGAUGGGUAGCAAAGGCAAAAGCAUAGUUAGAAGUGUUCUUCGGGGGAGCGUGAGCGAGUAUUGCUUCAAACACUGUAAAGUAUCACCGGUUGUAAUCGUCCCUGAGAAGAAGCUGGAGCAGGAGACAACUAGUCGUUGAUACAGUACAUCUAGACUUUAACAUGAAGAGGA